AUGGUGGAACCGAUGCCAGCAGCCAAGCGCCCUCUGCUCUCCACGCGAAGGAGCAGUCAAGGAGGCAUUGCUAUGUCUUUAGAAAUGCGCCCACCGCGCGAAUUACUCGAAAAAAUCGGCAUCAAAGGCAAAGAAAUCAUCAAAAUCAUCAAAGACUGGGACUGGGAUAUCGUGGAACCUCACGGUCUGCAGCAGCAAAAACUCUACUAUCUACCAGGAAGCAAGGCAAAAGGAGACCAAGCCAAACAGAAUGUGGAUUUUUUCGUGGGCGAAGGAGAACUCUACGCCUACAUAUUGAAACAAGGCGGAUUACGAUACUUGCUGCCGGACGACUCAGACGUGUCCGACAUUGAACCCACACAACCGUCCACGGUAGAAGAGGAGGUAGACGAGAACAACAGUGUAGAGAGUUCUACUGAGGAGAGCGACUCCUUAUCGGACCAUUCAUCAGCUGAGACUACAGGAGAACAGCGCAAGUGGAAACGACGGAAGAAACUUUCGACAGCGAGGAGUAAGUCGGUGGAGAAGACACCGCCUCCCAAACGUCUACAGAAGUCCAAGAAGAGCAGUAGUGUUGACGGUAGUACGGCUGAUGAACAGGACAAUAUUCGGGUAGAUCCGAGGAUCAAGUUGGAGCAGGCAAGCUAUAGCGGUAUCGGUCAGCAGACAGAAUUUAGUGAGUACGAGUCGUCGUGGAAGGCGCGAGGCUGGCGAGCGCAGUUGUUGCAAGACAUGGACGUGCAUUUACUGCGGUCGGUAGCAGCAGUGGAUCGACGACAUCGAGCUGUGGAGGCUUCAAACGAGGGCCACAAGAGUUCUGGUCGACCAUCGAAAGGCGUUGGGCCUCACGUACAAGACGCAGCGGAGAUUCUACAAGAGAUCGAGGGCCUUAAGCACAGUAUACGUGCGUCUCAUGACGAUUUAUCGUCGAUGAUUGAGGCGAUCAUUGCAAAGGCAGAGCGAUUGACCAUUCCUGACCGAAUCGACCCAGUCGGUCGCAUUGGAAUCCCUGGAUUCAUCUCCACUGGCUCAGGAACUCUAGUGCUUGUGCGUGAUAUCGAGCGGUAUCUGCUUCUCUUUGUUGCUGCUGUGCGUCGAUACCAACGAGCGAGGAGGAAUUUUUGUGCCAAUGAACCUACGGAUGGGAUAUCGCAGCCAUGCAAUCGAGGUGUGAGGCGAACAGACCUACGGGCUCUUCAGUUGAGCAUUGAAGAGUCCAAGAGUGAACUGCAAGAGCUGGCGAUUGUUAUCGCUGCAGAGGCGAGCAAGGCGUGUUUGGAAUACUCACAGGGUUCUACGAUGGGAGCUACAGAAAGAGCCUCGCAGGGUAUUAAUUCUUCCCAGAGUUCUUCAGGAACUACCGGUUGCAAUGGCGACACUGACCACGAUCAGUAUUCCAGCCAGCAGAGUGCGUCGUCACCUCAGAGACUUAAAGGAGGUCAGUGGUUUGUCUGA